AUUGACUGUGGUGGUAAUAGCUUACACUGGCUUACGCUGGGGAUGAGUGCUACACUAUUGUCUUACUCCUAGACUUCUGCAUUGUUAUAUCGCAAUAAAUGUCGGAUACGCUUCUCAACCUGACUAAACUACAGUCGUCUUGUCCGUUUGACUGAGAAAGCGUAUCUUUGUCAAGUCCUUGUAGUUUUGUAGGCCUAUCUCUCUCUUCUUGCCUCAAAUUUAGGGCCGUGUUUCCCCCCAAUAUUUGUCAGUUGCUUCAACAUGUCACAAAACGAUGCUGAAGUUCAAAAACAGAUUCAUCACAUGAUGGCCUUUAUUGACCAGGAGGCCAGAGAAAAAGCUGAAGAAAUUGAGGCCAAGGCAGAGGAAGAAUUUCAGAUAGAGAAAGGAAGACUUGUCCAGCAACAACGUCUAAAAAUCAUGGACUACUAUGAACGCAAGGAGAAAAACUUGGAGUUACAGAAAAAGAUCCAGCAGUCUAACAUGCUGAACCAGGCCCGGCUCAAAGUCCUCAAGUGUCGUGAAGAUCACAUCUUGGCACUCCUAGAGGAAGCCCGUCAGCGCCUGGGGGAAGUGGUCAAGGACCGCGACAGGUACGGCAAGAUCCUGAAGGGUCUGCUUGGACAGGGACUCUACCAGCUGAUGGAGAAGAAGAUGACUGUGCGCUGUAAAGAAGGCGACCUGCAGCUUGUCAAGGAGCAGAUGAAGGCCGCUCUGGCCGACUACAAGAAGGAAACGAAUAAGGACUGUGAAGUCAUCUUUGACACAACAAAUUUCCUGGGUGCUGACGUCACUGGUGGUAUUGAGAUGUUUACAGACAACAGCAAAAUCAAAGUCACCAAUACUUUAGAGAGUCGGUUAGACCUUAUGAGCCGUCAGAUGCUACCCGAGAUGAGGAAGACAUUGUUUGGAGCCAACCAAAACCGGAAAUUUGAGGACUAAAUGGAAGUGGGGUAUCAUCCCACACAAAUCUUCUGUCACAUUGUUUGUAGUUACCCUAACCUAGAAAUACAUCUCCUUUGUAAAAAGAGUAAUAUAUUUUAUCUUCGGUGUUGGUAUCUAGAAAUUCGUGCUCUGUGUACCAAAUCUAUUUCUUCUCUCGUAGUGGAUGAGCUAAAAUAUAUUAGUUUUAUUGUCACUUAUUGGGGCAGAAUUUUAAAGCUACAUUGACAGCAAUUAAAUCUAGAAUUGGAAAUAAAUGGAGGAAAUCAAAGAAUUAGGUUUUUUUGGGGGGGGGAGCAGGAGGGGGCAUUUCGUAAAAAUUCACAUUUUCCUUGUUUAUGAAUUUCUGACCAAGUGUGGCCAAGAUACCAGUAUUGAUUUUAAGUUUUUAAGACAUUUGAACGUACAAUAAAUUCAGGACAUAGGGAAGACAAGACCUCAUGAUGCAAACAGUUUUAUUUGUUCAGUUUGCUGCAGUACUAACUUUAAUGUUAAAGGAAUGUCCAAAAGGUUGAAGUGCUGGUGAUUGGUUUGUAGAGCACUCUAAAUGGAACCCUGAAGAAAAAUUCUUCUAGAGUGUUUGUUGCCAGGCUUUUCCCAGUGGAGCCAUUUUUUUUUUUUUUCCAGUGGAAAGUUUGUUAUAGGUAGAACACGCAUUUAAGUUGUGAGUGCUUCCUAAAAGUGAAUAGUAGAGUCCAGAGUUGAGGUUUAGAAUCCGUGGUGAAUGAUUUCUUAAGUUCGUCAAACCAGCAUGCAGAAUUGUACCACCCCAAGUUUUGCAAUCUCUCAAAUGUUGAUUUUGUCCAUGAGUUGUGUGAGUUAAUGCCACAUUCCAAGCACAGAGUGGCAAUUGGUUGGAAUUAUGAGGUCUGUGUUGAGAUGUAUAAUCUUUUUUGGUAAGGCAAUAUUGAUAACAUGACCAUAUAUGUACAUUUAAUUAAAUUUAUGUAACGUGCAUUCUCACUGGCAUUUGGCUCAUGCUAUGGUAUAUGAAACCACAGCUUUCUGUAUGAUCGCAAGUAGUCUGGUCCCUACCAAAGCAGAACUGUUGUACAGCCAUACUUUGCUACGGUAGAAAUACAUUUAACACAUCCAUGGGAAAUGCUUGAAGUGGCUUCCAUGAGCACAGGUUAUUUUCAAUUCAGACAUGGCCUACUCUUGUAAGUGAGAAUGAUGGAAGAGGGCCCUCUUGUGGUCUGAGCAUGACAACUUGCUUUUAACGGUGAGAAUUAAACACGUGUGUAUCAGAUAACUGA